CCGAUCCGAACCACAGGACACAGAAAAAGAAGAGCCAGCCCCACCCACCUCCUUCCUCCCUCCACUCCACCCCAACCUCUGCCCGCAUCCACCCACUCCCGACCCACCUCCUUCCCCCGUUCUACCCCAAGCACACCUACCGGCGGUGGUUCCGGACCGGCAACUACCCUAGCGGCGGAUCCGGGCCGCCUAGCCCCCUCCCCCCCUCAGCUUCUUCCCCACAGCCUCCAAUCCCCACCCACUCCACGGCCAGAACCCCGCCCGAGGCCACCCAUCCCCCGGCGACCUCCCCUGCAAGAUCCUCACGCCUCCCGACCUCUACCUUCUUCCCCACUCUCCUCCGCCGCCCCCACAUCCCUCCCGGCCCCGGCCAACUCCAACCUCCCGCCGCCCCCACCUCCCUCGUUGCCCCACGCCCACCUCGCUCCCAAUCCGGCCAAAUCCUCCCCCGUCGCCCCCACCUUCCUCGUCACCACCGGUGCGUCCCACAACGGCCGGCCGUCACACCCCACGCAACUACCUGGCGAUGGACCCGCGCGGUUCCAGCCUCGCUGCGCCGCUAGGCGACCGGAUCGAGUAGCAGACGGCCGCCACAAGUGCUCCCCUUGCCGAGGACACCUCGUCCACCCACCCAUCUUCCUCCUUGCCGCGGGGCCACCGCGCCGGAUCCGGUCGCUGUCCUGAAAUAUGGACGGCCGUGCAUCCCCCUCCCCCUUCCCUUCGUUGAUUUCUCCCUCGCCGACAGGCCUCCCCUCCCCCAUGGCCAGAUCUGCCCACUGCCGGUGCUGCGCCCCUGCCUUCCCCAUCCGACGCCACAACCAGCCCGCCCCGGUACAUUCCUCCUCUGAACUGCACAACGUGCAGUGCGGGCGGGCGUGGUGUGAGGUGCAGCUCGCCCGGCAUGCAGGUUGUCCCCCAGUGCGGGCACCUUAGAGCAUCUCCAGUAGUACCCCUAAACCCCCAAAUCUGUAAAAAUAUAACUGCUUUUUUACAGUUUGGACAGAAAAAAUUCAGAGGAAGUGCACCCUAACCGCAACAGAGGAAUUCACUUGUCGUGGUGAGGGCAUUGUUCCGUCGAGAUUCAGUUUGCGGGCGUUCUGCCGCCAGGGGUUAGUUCAGUCAGUGCGCCAGCGAUGGUGCUCGAGCGCCGCGUGCAGCUCGGUUGCGACCCCCAUGCAGUCCGGCUGAGUCGCUGGUGGUGCAGUUUGUAGAUGGUGGACACACAGACAGCGACUGACUUGUUUGCAUUAUUCAGAUUUUGUUUUGUACUAGUUCAGUACAGCAGAAAUCCUCCGCAUGUGUAGUUUUUUUCUGAGGGAAAGUAGUGCACUUCCUUCUCGAGACUACCUACACCUCUUCGGGGCGACCGUGCAGUUUGGUGCAUUUUUAUUUGCAGUGCAUUUCGCUUUGGGCGUCAGUGGGGUGCAGCUGGAUGUUCCACCGGCGAGCGUGCUUGCACUCCGGUGGCACGAGGCUUGUGGUCGGAUGUGCAAUGACCAAAAUAGCACGGUUGGGUCACCGGUGUAGUAAGCAGGCGCGUGAGAGGACGUCGGGCGUGUAGUUUGGUUUUGGCCAUGCGACGCUGUUGUACGGAUGCGUGAGUCAGAGCAUCUCCAGCCGUUGAGCCUCCCAGGAGGCAUUUUUUUCCCGCCUGGGGGCUGCCGGCGAAAUUUUUUCCCUGGCAACGAGAAAAUGUCCACUCGUUGCCCCCCCCCACGCACUUAUCCACUCGUCACCGCAGGGCAGGCCGCCUUCGCCUCGCCGCCUCCGCCCUCGGCCCUCCUGCUCGCCGCCCUCGCCAUGGCACUGCUCGCCGCCACGGACAGCAGCGUGGACUCCAUCCCCUUCGCCGGAGACCAGGCGCUCCGCCCUGGGCCGCAGCAGGAGCAGGACCAGCGCGGCCUGUCGGGCGUGUCGAGCAACUCGACCAGCCAUGGCUUCUGGACCUGGCGCAUGGCGCCCGUCCCACCAGUGCUUGAGCGGGCCACCACGUACUCGGCGGCGAGCGACGACGCUGACCUGGUCCGCCGGAACGCCCACUCGGCGGACGCGGAGGAGAUGGGCUGGAUCUUGCGAGGAUGGUGGCCAUGGCGCCCAAGCGAGGAGGAAGGAGAUGGUCCGCGAGCCCUGCCCCGGCCAUGCGCGCUGUGUGGAAGGAAAGGGAGAGGAGAGGAGAAAGAAAAUAAAGAAAGGGGAGGAGAGAGGAGAGAGAGAGGGGCUGACGAGUGGCCCUGUGCAUGCAAAAGUCAUCUACCGACGUCCCCAGCCGCCCCCCGGGGGGCUGGGUUUGGGGUGGUAGCGCCGGCCGUAAAUCUCGCGAAAUUCGGCGAAAAACGUCUCUGGGGCCCGAGUGGGUUUUUUUUGCCCGCCGGCGUCCAAAAAGUGCCUUGGGGAGGCUUCCUGGGGGGUCGACUGGAGAUGCUCUCGUGCAUUUUACUUGGUGUGCGCCGCGCAGGAGGUUCUCGCAGCUGGCCCAUGCAGUUCGCCAGUGGAAGAACAUGCCGUUGCACUUGGUGCAGUUCGCUGGUUGACCAUUGCGGUUAACAAAAAAUUAGGGUUCAGUUUUGCAGUGAAGUUUUAAUGCAGUUCAUUUUUAUUUUGCAUUUUGAAUGACACUUCCCUCGAUUGUGAAUGACAC